UUCUCUAAUCUAUAUUGCUAAGACUCCAUUGUUGUAAGAAGCUGAGAAAAAUGGGAACGUUAAAGUCGUAUCUUCCAGUAAUGGGUAUGGUGUUUAAUCAGUUCAUUUAUACAGGACUUAGUCUCAGCACAAGACUUGUUUUCUCAGAAGGAAUGAAUCCAAGGGUCUUUGUGGUCUAUCGCCAUCUUCUUGCAACCAUUGUAAUUGCUCCAAUAGCUUAUUUAUCAGGGAGAAAUUCUGGUUCCUAUUACUUAAACUUGAAGAGUUUUUCCUGGAUAUUCUUGGUCUCCUUCGUAGGGAUUACCUUGAAUCAAAAUCUGUUUUGCGAGGGUUUAUACCUGACAAAUUCUUCAGUGGCAACUGCAAUGGUGAAUCUUGUUCCAGCAGUAACAUUUGUGAUAGCAGUUUGUGCAGGAAUGGAGAAAGUGAGCAUUGGAAGCUUGAGAUCCAUAGCGAAGAUAGUAGGAACAGUGAUAUGUGUGAGUGGAGCAGUGUCCAUAGCUUUGUUGAAGGGUCCAAAGCUUCUAAAUGCAGAAAACCUGCCAUCAAAAUCCAUCAUCAUGGCCUCCUCAGCAACUGAUAAUUGGUUCCUUGGUUGUCUCUUUCUCAUUGGAUGCUGCUUCUCUUGGUCAACCUGGCUCAUACUGAUGGUUCCUGCCUCCAAAAGCCACCCAGAUCCCUUGUCCUUUUCGGCUUGGAUGUGUUUUAUAGCAACAGUGCAAUCAGCUUUAGUGACACUACUGUUGGAACCAGAUCCAAAUACAUGGAAGAUUAAUUCUUUACUUGAAGUUGGUUCUGCUUUAUAUGGAGGAGUUAUGGGAUCUGCAGUAUCAUUCUUUCUCCAAGCAUGGUGCAUCUCAAUCACAGGUCCUCUUUUCAGUGCAAUGUUCAAUCCUCUUAUGGCAGUGUUUGUCACCAUAUUGGCUCCUUUUCUACUACAGGAGGAAGUAUACGUUGGAAGCUUGACUGGCUCAAUAGCAGUGAUCAUUGGGUUGUAUAUUGUGCUUUGGGGAAAAGCUGAAGAAGUUGUGAAUGUUAAGAGAGAUUCAGAAUCAAUGCUUAAUUCCACAGAGGAAGUCAAAAUAUCCAUAAACAAGGAUUCUUCUUCAGUAAAAGAAUGUUGUAAAACCAAUUUGGAAGAACCCCUUCUAUCUCCUCAUUCUCCUUCACAUAAUUAAAUUAAGGAAAUUUGUACCAAUUGAAAUUUCAUUGAUAUUCUAUCUUUUGUAGCACAAAAAUUUAUAAGGUUGAUACUUUCAUUUAAUCAUGAAAGUAAAUAUCACAAAUUCUUUCUGCUCAAUUUGUAGAACAUUUUAGUGUCUUU